UCUCGCCUCUCUUCCCCUUUAAAUCGAGCGAACUUCCUUGUUCACGGCUGUUAGCAGAGAGCUGGCUUCUGGUGUGCAGCUCCGCGCGGAUCAAAGGCUGACAUGACCCGGCUUUGAUCGCUCUUCUUCACGAUACAUUCACACAUUCUACAGACAUUUAAAGGAUGGAUUUGGACGUGGUGAACAUGUUCAUCAUUGCCGGCGGGACGCUGGCGAUCCCCAUCCUGGCUUUUGUAGCCUUCUUCCUGCUCUGGCCUGCAGCUCUCAUUAAAGUGUAUCACUGGUAUUGGCGCAGAAGGCUGGGAAUGCAGGUGGAUUAUGCUGAAUAUGAAGGAUAUCGCUUCUGUUACUCUCACAGAGGGACUCCAGGCACCCGUCCGUCCAUCCUCUUUUUACACGGCUUCUCUGGACAUAAAGACAUGUGGCUCGGUGUGGUCAAGUUUCUUCCUAAAAAUAUGCACUUGGUGUGUGUUGACAUGCCGGGACAUGAGGGUACGACCCGCACCAGUGCGGUGGAUUACUCCAUCGAGGGCCAAGUCAAACGGAUACAUCAGUUUGUGAAGAGAAUCGGUUUGAGCAGAAAGCCCUUCCACCUGAUCGGCACGUCCAUGGGAGGAAACGUGGCUGGAGUUUAUGCCUCCCGUCACCCGUCUGCUCUGUGCGGCGUCACGCUCAUCUGUCCAGCAGGUCUCCAGUAUCCCACUGAAAGUAAGUUUGUUCAGCAUUUGAGGGAACUGGAGCAUACUCAGGACAGUGACGGGAUCCCGCUGAUACCCUCCACAACAGAAGAGAUGGAGGAGAUGCUCAAACUGUGUUCCUAUGUGCGCUUUAAGAUCCCUAAACAGAUUCUUCAAGGACUGGUUGACGUUCGUAUUCCUAACAAUGACUUCUACCGCGAGUGUUUCAUGGAGCUUGUCGGAGAGAAAUCCAGACACUCUUUACAUGAGAACAUGCAUCUCAUUUCAACUCCUCUGCAAGUUAUUUGGGGGAAAAACGACCAGGUGUUAGACGUGUCCGGAGCUUCAGUUCUGGCCAAAGCCAUCCCAGGAUCUCAGGUUCAUCUGCUAGACAACUGUGGUCAUUCAGUAGGGAUGGAGCGGCCCAGGAAAUCCGCCCAGCUCAUCAUGGACUUUAUCAUCGCACAACAGAACGCAGCGGUCAACAGCAACAAGAAACUGUCCUAAAACUGGACUUCAUAUGUCUUUAACAUGUGGCUUCAUGAUUGGUUGAAGGUUAAGGAUCCCAGCUGCAAACCUAAAAGUAGCUGUGUUGAUCUCGAGAGAGAAGGUGAAGCAGAGAUCUGAAAGUUACAGAUUUCACAUUCCUGCUGUGUAUUUGAUUACUCUUUAUUGUAAGUCAGUGCAGUUUGUGCACAGAAAGAUGCAUUGGAUCAAAGACUUUUAAAAAGCAACAAUAUAUGAUUUUACUAUGGAAGCCUGUUUCCGCACAAUUGCUGGUUUAUAUUUUUCAAUUCUGACUUUUUUCUUGCAAUUAUGUGUUUAUAUCUCUUAAUUCUGACAUCUUUUCUCAGAAAUGUGAGAUAUAAACACACAAUUGUGUGUUAUAAAGUCCAUUUCUUAUAUUUGCAAGUUUACUGUAUAUCUUGCAAUUCUGACUUUAUUUCUCAGAAUUGUAAUUUUAUCUCUCUCAAUUCUGACUGUUUUCAAAAUUACGAAUUUAAAUCUCACAAUUCUGACAUUAUUUCUCAGAAUUGUGAGUUUAUGUAACUCAGAGAAUUGUGAGAUAAAAAUUUGCAAUUAACUUUUUAAAUUUUUAUUCAGUGGCGGAAUCUGGCUUCCAUAUUUUACAGCCUGUAAAUAAUCAGUAAAAGUUAUUUUUGUAGCGAACGCUCAGGGACGCACACUAACCACUGAGUUGAAAAGCACUUGAGAAGCUAUGCAGAUACAGAUCAGUGUCCUGCAGACAGCAUUGGCUCCACUUCAACCUAAAAUAGACCAAAAACAGUUAUUUAAUAUAUUUCAGAUUUUCCUCUGAUACCAUUCCAUGUUUGAAGAGACCUACCUAGACAGCUUUUUUUGGGCAUCACAGGCACUUUCCUGAGCUAAUCAAAUGCCCAGAAAUGAGACACAGCCGAUACGCUUUUCUCUUUUGUUGUUCUUUACCUUGCCAUUUUAACAUGAUCUUAUGUUGACGGUGAAAUGUGUGUCAUCAUCAUCAUUCGGUAGUGCAUCAUUUUCUUUCCUAUACUACUGUUUUUACAGUUUUAACCUUGUACAUAAGACUGUAUGUCUUGUAAAUGUAUUUCGAUAAUAAUGCAAACAGCUAUUUCAUGACUUUGUUAGAAUCUCGUUAAUAAUGCUGUCUUUAGUGAAUGCAUAUUUAGUGAAUUCUUACAGUAUUUUUAGUCAGUUUAGACUCAGUUUACAUGGUCUUUAAACAAAGGAGACGUAGUGAAGUUUUCAUUUUAUUUUCAUGACUAAUAUCAACAUUUAUAAGUGAUAAUGUAUCACAACAUUUCGUUUGGAAGAUUCUCCAAAUCACACAGGAACUUACAACAGAACAUAGUUUAGAUAUGACUAAAUAUCUUUAUAAAAGUCAUUUAGGUACAUUUGCAUCAUAUUAUGGCUUGUUGCUUCAUGGAAGACAAAAUCAUGAAGUACUUAAUAGUAUAAAUAUUUUUCCAAGCUGAAAAUGUUUAUUGUACCUUUUUAAUCUAAAAAGAAAAUAAAAAAAUUUAACUUUAAAAAUUUGA